GGGACGAUUCCACGGCACGCGACGAAGUAGAUCGGGGCCGGCAAUUAUGUCGACGUCCCGCAGGCGCGGGCUUCUUCGCGAAAUAUCGCGGAAGAAAAAUUUCCGCGCGCUCGCGCAAUCUCGCUAUACUGUUUUCAGGGUCGCACGUACAUGUUUCGCUGAUUGACAACACGGAAACUCGUGUUCUACUCUUAAUAAUCGUUAAACGCGCAAAACACUUAAAUUUCAUCCACCAAAUAAAUGCAAAAAAUUUGGGAAGACCAAUUGCUGUUAUUGUGCUCCAUCCGUCAAUUUUUAACCGAGCUGAUGUGGCGGAAGAAUGGGAAUAAAUAAAUGACUAUAUGAAUUUCAAAGAGUCACGCAAUUAGCUGGUUGUGACAUUAAAGUUAAGACUUGAAAUUUCUUUGUCGGCACCAUAGAUUCGGCCCUGGCCAUUCUAACGCGAAUAUGACGUGUCCUUCGUUUCUCGAUGUUUUUUUCCAUCGGAGACGAACAAAGCUGACAUGUGAAAUCGAGUACGAACAAGCGUGCCUCGCACGUCGUCGAUGAUGGACGUAUUGGAGGUGUUGCGCGAUUUACAACCCUCCUCGACGGGUUGGGGCGUGUUCCUUCCUUGCGUUAUAUAAGACACGCUAAACGAGGAGCUGUCGUCGGUUGAAUCGCGAACCGUCGAACCGUAACCGAGAUUCGGAGCGAGGCCAAGUAGAAUAAUUGACAACGUCAAGCGGCGUAUUUUCAUCGCUUUUGGAAGUGCCUCAACAUGCGCCGAAACUCAUUGUGCCUGCUAUUAUUGUUCGCCAUUCUGACGAAAGCCUACAUGAAAUCCUGCAAAUACUGGUGCAAAAUGGGCAAUCAUCGGUACUAUUGUUGCCCAAACGGGAAAGGCGAGUCUUCGUCGGAGCACAGCUGGCAUUCGUUUCUUUUCCCCUGGUUUUGGUUUGGACUCUCCGCUGAGCACAUCGAGCCGCAUAUUGAGCAUCCUUGGCACGACCCGCACGACUGGCACGAGGUCGUGAUGAAGCCAAAAAAGCAUUGCCCACCCUUGAGGGCCCACUGUCCGAGAGCUUACGAUUGGUACAAGCCGCCUAAGCACUGCGACAGCGAUCACGAGUGCGACGAGUGGGAAAAGUGUUGUUACGAUGUGUGCCUGGAACACAAGACGUGCAAAAAUGCGGAAUAG